GUUAGGGUUAGAAGGCGGUCCUGACGCUUACUGGACUUUCGUGGGCGUCCUGAAGCCUUCUUCGCAAGGAUGGAGCCUGUUUUCUGGAAGUUCUUGAUGAUUCGUUAAAUGGUUGAUUUAGGUGCGAUAUUUUUAGCGGCGAUAUAUUUACCAGUUGAGCCUUUUUUGUGCAAAGCAAUGAUAGCUACGUGUUUCCUUACAGGUAACCAUGAGGAAAACGCAGGGGUUUCUUAUUUUACUUCCGCUUGUGUUGACUCUUCGGGUCUAAGCAGGAUAACUGUAGAAGUCUAAACGUCUAUGGAUGUGUCCACUGUCACAGGCGAUCAUUUUAUGUUAAUGAAGUAUCGUGAACAUUUAUUUCGGUGGAAUAAACUAGCAACGCGUAUGGAGAGAAAAAGAACGUCGUGAUUGGCUAUCGUCGUUUUUGUCGUCACUUCCUCCUGUCAGCUUGUACACUUCCGGGAGUAGAAAAAGAAGAAGAGCAGACGCUGAAGAAACCUAAAAAGACCUAAACAGCCGUUUAAAAUCCACUGUCCUUUCAUCAAAGUUUUUAAACUUUCAAUAUGUUUUCCUUCCAUCACGUAUUCGACCACCCGAUGGCCCGGGGCUUUCCGAACCGUUUCUCCACUCAGUACCGCUGCUACUCGGUGUCGAUGCUGGCAGGACCCAACGAUCGCUCCGAUGUGGAGAAAGGAGGCAAAAUAAUAAUGCCUCCUUCGGCUCUGGAUCAGCUUAGCAGACUCAACAUCACUUAUCCAAUGCUGUUCAAGUUGACCAACAAAAACUCUGACAGAAUGACACACUGUGGUGUUCUGGAGUUUGUGGCAGAUGAAGGAAUCUGUUACCUUCCACACUGGAUGAUGCAGAAUCUCCUCUUGGAGGAAGGCGGUCUGGUCCAGGUAGAAAGUGUAAACCUCAUGGUGGCCACCUAUUCAAAGUUCCAGCCACAGAGUCCUGACUUCCUGGACAUCACAAACCCAAAAGCAGUCCUGGAGAAUGCACUAAGAAACUUUGCUUGUUUGACAACCGGUGAUGUCAUAGCCAUAAACUACAAUGAAAAGAUCUAUGAGUUGCGAGUUAUGGAGACCAAACCAGAUAAAGCGGUGUCCAUCAUCGAGUGUGAUAUGAACGUGGAUUUUGAUGCUCCUUUGGGUUACAAAGAACCUGAGCGAAGAUUUCAGAAUCAGGAAGAACCAACAGAGGAAGAAGGAGAUGCCAGUAGCUAUGCCGACAUGGACAUGGGAUUCAGAGCUUUUACUGGUUCUGGAAAUCGCCUGGAUGGAAAAACGAAGGGGAUUGAACCCAGUCCUGCUCCUCUCACUGCAAGUGACAUGAAAAGAGGCAUUCCGAACUAUGACUUCAAAGUUGGCCGCAUCACUUUUAUCAGGAACUCCAGACCUCAGCCCAAGAAAAAUAUAGAGGAGGAUGAUGCCUUGAACAGAUUCAUUGCCUUUUCUGGAGAAGGACAGUCAUUACGCAAGAAGGGCAGAAAGCCUUAAAGGGUUUGACUGAAGCGAUGUUUUCAACAGCAAAGUAAAAUUUGGUCUUCAGAAACGAGGGUUUUUUUCUCAGUGUCUGUUUGAAGUGGGUUCUUUGCAUUUGACUUUUGGUCGUAGGUUUAUAAUUGACUUUGACAGUAAUAUUUUUUGCUCUAACAGGCAGCAUUGCUUACAAACAGAGUUAUAAUUUGUAUUAAAAAGUGCAGGGUAGGGGCCUGGAGAAAAACAGCAUCACUACUUGGUGAUUAUUGGAAGGAACUUUGACUUAUGUUAGAUGUAUUACAAUUCAGAAUUCCAUUGUUUUAGAACAGUAGAAGCAAUAAUACUUUUCUUUGAUGUUUGGGCAUAUUGUUUUAUGAUUAAAUUCUUUGGAACAUUUUUUCUGGUUUAGUUAUAGACAAAUAAAGGAUUGCCUUUUGAACUUGUAUUUGUUUCUGCAAUGUAAUAGAAUGCGGUCAGUUCUCCUUAUUUUUGUAUUAAAUGUAAAGUUGGUUAGAUGGUUUUCAGCUAUAAUAAAGUGACUGAAACGGG